AUGGAGUCGCUGUCGGGCGAUAAGACCGCCGACAAGGACGCUGAACUCAUUAUCCCCAACCCGAAAGGUGGAAAUAUCAUCUUCGAGGCUGAUGCUGCUUCUGGUGUGCCCGACUACGUCACCCGCCGCCCCAUCCGAAUUUACCAACGGUCCCGCUCCGCCACACAGCAAGGCAGCAGCAAAGCCGAAAAGUGGGUGAUCUCCUUCGACGUACAGGAGCGUUGGGAGAACCCUUUGAUGGGUUGGGCGUCUUCCCACGACCCUGUACAAGGUGUGACGAUGGAGUUCCCCGAUAGGGAGCAGGCUAUCAGGUUUGCGCUUCGCCAAGGGUGGGAAUACACGGUCGAUGAGCCAGCAAAGGCGAAAUUCAGGAUUAAGACUUAUGCGGAUAACUUCAAGUAUGUUCCUGGAAAACUCCGCUUUAUCAAAACGAAGUAG